GAGCACGGGCGGCAGUCCUCACAGACCGAGGGGGACCUCAUUGACUUGAUCAAGAAAUAUUUGAGAACCGCAGCCCGGAAAUUUCACCAUACUACACAUUGCUGCGGAAUCAGGAUACGAUCAAUUGGUUGGAGCAUUGCUCCAACUGUGGGCGGCGGCUCGAGGUGAUCAAUCAGCGUUUCACAAGAUGUCGAUGACCAUGGCCCGCUUCAAGCUCCAGCGCGCUGUCAGAAGGACCCUCGUUCGCAUUCACGUCGACGCCACCGACGGCCUGGGGCGAACUCCCCUCCACUUGGCAGCACGUCAUGGAGAUUGUGAAGUUGCUAGGCGCUUGCUAGCGGCUGGUGCCAAUGUUCUUGCCCAAACUGUAUCCGAUCAGCUUUCAAUCCUGGAAGUAGCUGUGAAGGCCAGGCAUAGAACAAUGGUCCAGCUGCUUCUGAGCCACGGCGCUGAGUUCGAUCCGGACAAGCUCUUACCCAUGGCACCCACAGAUAUCCAGCAGGUUCUUAUAGAGCAUAUUCAACUGACAAGAAAACCUAGGUCAGAUUCUAAGGACGUCGAUAAUAAAUUCUGGGGAAGAAUCGCAGAUGUCUCACCAGACUCGAGGGAUUACUGUAUGAAGCCAGUGACAGUUGAUCAAAUCCUUGCCCCUGAGAUUAAACUGGACGAACUCAUGCUGGGAGACGGGCCGAUAAGAUCCCGGGCCGCGUCGAUAAGAUCCGAGUGGAAUGGUAGAUCCGUUAGGUGGAUUCAUCUUCCUGAAAACAACAUGGAAUGGAUCGAGAUAUUGAUGGCGAAGCUCGUGAGCAAUCGCGAGGACCUGACCAAAGUGCUACCCUCCAACCGCUGGGCGAACGCCAUCCGCGGAAGGGACCUGAAGCUUCACGCUCGGUGUCUCCGCCCUGGUUGCAAGCAUAUCACCGGCGCGGAGGUCAACGGGUAUAUGGUGGUGAAGAACGGGCUGAAUAGCCUCUCCGGUCAAAAAACCGAGCAAGUCGGCACGUUGCCACAGAGUCAUCAAAAGCUAGUGGAUCAUUAUCUACACCGGCCUCGUCCUUUACAUACCCGACGGACCCUAGACCAGUACCAUUACUUCAGCCUCGACGAUGAAGGCAUUACAUACCGCGACGAGACCCAAACUCUCUCGUUGCAUUUCAUACAGUCAAGCGGGGGGUCAAGUACCCACGAAAAAGAGGUGGAACCGUGACCAGAGUGGCCAGCGUGACCAGCUCGAUGAGCACUGCGAUAGAAAUGACAUCACAAACGUGCAUUCGUCAAUAGAGAGGCGUCUACUCGGUCUCGGGAGGGCAUUACGGG